AUGCCCGAGUGGAACCUUGUGUCAUGGAACGCGAUGCUGUGCGCGCAAUCGCAAUGCCACCAGGUGGAGGGCGCCUGGGAUGUGUUUGAGCGGAUGGAAGAGCGCAACAUCAUCUCGUGGAACGCGCUGCUAUCUGCAUAUGCCCUCUCGGGGCAUAUGGACGAAGCAGCGUAUCUUUUCGAAGCGAUGCCGGAAAGGGAUCUGGCUUCGUGGACGACGAUGAUUGCUGGAUCUGCGCAGGCAGGGAAGAUCGAGGACUCGAGAGAACGUUUUGAUGGCAUGCCGGAGAGGGACGUCGUUGCAUGGAACGCUAUGCUUGCGGCACUUGCCCAAAAUGGGCAUCUUGUAAAGGCGCUAGAGUUCUUAGAAAUAAUGCCGGUGUGGAGCCUGGCUGGCUGGAAUUCUCUUCUCGCCGCUUGCGCGCAAGAGAAGGAGUUUGAUCGAGCACAGAAGUUACUAGUGAGAUUACCCGAACUGGAUCUUGUGGCCUGGAAUUCGAUGCUUGCGGUGAAUGCCCUUUCUGGGCAUCUGGACGAGGCGCUGUUGGCUAUGGAAGCCUUAUCUAUGCCUGUUGAUGUGAAGUCAUGGAACGCAGUGCUGUAUGGCUAUGCCCAGAGCGGGCAUCUCGACAAAGCCACCAGCUUGUUCCACGCAAGAAUGCCUCACAGGGACGUGGUUUCCUUCACUGCAAUGCUCUCGGCCUAUGCAAGGAGUGGUUAUAUCGACGAAGCAAAAGCUCUGUUCGAUUCGAUGCCGGAGAGGACUCUUGUGUCAUGGAACGCGCUGCUCGGCGGAUUUGUCCACAAUGGUCUGUACGCUCGAGCUCACAGCUUCUUCCAGACCAUGCCCGAGUGUGACGUUGUAUCUUGGACUGGGGCCUUGAACUCGAUUACCCCAACUAUGUCGUACAAAACUUCGCUGGAUCACUUCCAAAGGAUGCUGCUUCAAGGAGUUCUUCCGGAUGAUGUCUGCUUUGUGUCGAUACUGGUCGGAUUCAACCAUGGCGGUAGCGUCCGCACCGCUUUGAGCUGCUUCGCGUCCAUGGCUGUCGACUUUGGCAUUGAUCCGACGAAGCAGCUGUAUGGAAGCCUGAUUGAUCUGCUUGUGAUGGUCGAAGUGGAAGCCGAGCAGCAAAGCAAGCUCUAG